CGCUUUAAUUCCCCCGCCCGCCCAGCCUCGUGCCAAAGCAUCUCCGCGGCGCGCGCCUAAGAUCAGGCUCCGCUCGCGCCGAAGAAACCGCUCGCGUGGGGAGGCAUUUAUUUCACGCUCGCGUAGGAACGUCCAAAAAGGGGCGAACUUUGUGUUAUUGCUAAGGGCAUCUUCGUGGGUGGACUUUGCGAAGAGUAGUUUUUAUUUUUAUCUUUUUCAUUAUUGCAUGCUGUGUGACCAUACAUGUGCCUGGGUGAAAAAAAACGCAACUCCUUGGGUUGAAAACCAUUUGGCAUGAGUAGGAUCCACUUCGGCCGUGCUGUGUAAUGUGCUUUACGUGUUUAUGGGCAACAGUAAGACGGACUGAUUUGCCCAGAUCGUUCCGCAAAUGCGAGGAGCCGUGGACUGUGGAUUUAUCCCGUGGACCCGUGGGCUGCCGGAGUGGGAGACCAGACCGUUGUAGUUGGACAGCAUGAUCUCUCCGGUGUUUCACAAGUGGAGGAGCGCGCGGUACUUGGGGAUUAUUUCCACGGAGAUGUUCCUGCUGCCCCUGAUCUGCUUCUUACAUUCGGCCGGAGCGGCGCCUCCCCUGACUACGGAGCAGCUGGACAUGGGGGUGGAUUGGCUGAGUAAGUUCGGCUACCUCCCACCCCCGGACCCUGUGACUGGCCAGCUGCAGACCAAGGAGGCCUUGAGCACGGCCAUCAAGGCCAUGCAAAAGUUCGGAGGGUUGACGGAGACCGGAGUCUUGGACCAGGCCACGCUGGGCCUCAUGCAGACUCCCAGAUGUUCUCUACCAGAUGUGUCGGAGCCAGAGGAGACAACGGGCCGUCGGAGACGCAGCCUCACGCCCCCCAACAAAUGGACCAAGAGACACCUGUCCUGGAGGUCAGAAUACUACAAUACUGCACUAUAUAUAUACUGUAAUAUAGUACUGAAAUAUUUCCAUUGUGCUGAAUGCUUGUCUCUCUCUCUUCCUCCCCCUUUUCUCCCGCUCUUUCUCUCUCCUCUCUCUCCCCCUCUCUUUCUCUCUCCCUCUCUCCUCUCCCUCCCUCCCUCCCUCCCUCCCUCCUCUCCCCUCUCUCCUCCCACUCCCUCUCUCCUCCCUCUCUCCUCUCCCUCUUUCCUUUCUCUCUCCCCCUCUUUCUCUCUCCACUCCCUCCUCUCUCCUCUCUCAACCCCUCUUUCACUUUUCUCUCCUUUUCUUCUUUCUCUCUCCCUCCCUCUCUCUCCCUUCCCCUCCCCCUCUCCUCUCUCCCUCCCUCCCAUCUCAGACUCCCAUGGCAUGGACCUGUUUGCGGUGGCGGUCCAUGAGUUUGGCCACGCCAUCGGGCUGGUCCACACCUCGGCCCUGGAGUCCAUCAUGAGGCCGUACUACCAGGGGCCUGUGGGAGACCCCCUGAAGUACCAGCUGCCCUACGAAGACAAGGUCCGCGUCUGGCAGCUCUACGGGGUCCGGGACUCCGUCUCACACACCAAGCGACCGGGAAUCCCCUCCCACACCGAGGAACCCCCCGUCCUGCUGGACCUCCCAGACAACAGGUCCACCAUCCUGUUGGGGCGAGACACCCCAGACAGAUGUACGAGCCACUUUGAUGCCGUGGCCCAGAUCCGAGGAGAAGCCUUCUUUUUCAAAGGGAAAUUCUUCUGGAGGCUGACCCGGGAAAGGCACCUGGUGUCCCUGCAUCCCGCCCAGAUCCAGCGCUUCUGGAGGGGUCUGCCUGCCAACCUAGACGGCCUGGACGCUGUCUACGAGAGACCCGGGGACCACAAGAUCGUCUUCUUAAAAGGUCUGAAGUACUGGGUCUUUAAAGACAACAACGUGGAGGAAGGAUACCCUCGACCAAUCAGUGACUUCGGCCUGCCCAUGGACGGCGUGGACGCCGCCUUCGUCUGGCCGCACAACGACAAGACAUAUUUCUUCCAGGGCGUCCACUACUGGCGCUACGACGACCACCUGAGACGCAUGGACCCGGGGUACCCCAAAGACGCCUCGCUCUGGAAGGGGCUGCCCCCAAACCUGGACGACGCCAUGAGGUGGUCUGAUGGCUCCUCCUACUUCUUCAAAGGGAAAGAGUACUGGCGCGUGCUGGCCAGCGACAUGGAGGUGGAGGCGGGGUUCCCGCGGCUCAUCGCCAAGGACUGGCUGCUCUGCACCGAGAUGCAGUCGGACUCCCCCAACGCCGACGGCAAGGGCGCCGCGGAUGGCGGCGGCGUUCGGCAGCUCCCCGACCACGCAGAGAACGGCUACGAGGUGUGCUCCUGCACCUCCGACAUGGCCUCCCCGCCGGGGGUCCGCUCCUCCCCUUCUCUCACCCUCUGGCUCCUCCCACCCCUUUGGACACUCCUGUUGGCCCUCGGUGCCCCGCCGCUAUGAUGGAGGAGGAGGAGCUGAAGGGAGUUGAACUGAAACGAGGUGGUCUUGCGGCCGAGUCGGCGAGACGAAAGGACAGGACCAGAGCCUGAUUGGGUGGAGAGCCAGGGGACAGGUCAUUUUUGAACCAACUAGACCGUUUGUUUUUUUUGACAGUUGUUCUCGGUUCCUCAAAUUUUGUUUUUCUUUUUUAUCUGUCAUGGACAUCGUCAUGUAUUUUCUCUUAACAGUAAAAUAGGGGAAACUGUUAUUUCAGAGGGAGCACUUGUCUCUUUUCAUCAUAUCUUUUUGCAGUUAAUCACAAACGUGAUGAGGCGUCUUACUUGUUCUAGAGCUUGUUGGCAAUAAUGCAGUGUUCCAAGGGCGUGAACAGCAGUAAUGAUCUUCAUGUCAAGUUAACGUCAACAUCUUAGCCAUUUUCUUUAUUACUUUUUUUAAGACAUUUUAUCCAAAGCAAAUUGCAUUUGCUUUGAGUACAGUGUAUAAGGGAGCAGGUUAGGGGCUGGAUGACUUGCCAAAGGAGGCUAACAGUAAGGCUACGAGAUUCAGGGAUAGACCAAAGCCAAGAUACAUUUUUGGAGAUGCUAGCUAGUUGGUAAAUAGAAGGUUAAGUAAUGCACAGGUUCAUAUACAGUAAGUAGCUAGUUAGCACGUAGCAAAGACAGAUGUAAGGCACGCUGGGAUGGUAAAAAACACACAAAAACUGUCUUCAGAUAUGCACCGAUGUAGAUAAAUUAAAGGCAAGGCAAACCAUGGCUCCAUGCUGUUUAUUUUUGGCCAUUCCCGAUAAUUCCAACAAGUGCUUUAAUAUAAUGCUUCUACAAUGUAAUGCCAGAACUAGCCAGGUGGUCAUUCUACUUGAUUAUAGCCAGUUUGCAUACUUGGACUCCCCAAGACGCGGGCUAGAAGUGCAUAGAGGGGGCUAAAAUGGUGGACAGUAGACUCCCCUUUGAGUUAGAACUGUGCUUCAAAGAGGUCUUUUGGGCUCAUGUUUUUUGGCAGCAUUGGAUAGGUUUUGGUUCUGUUGUAUUUUUUUUUUUGGUGUAAUAAAUACGGAUUGUGAUGAUAUUGUUUUUGAAAAAUCGAGUUAGCGAUUAUUUCAUGAUGUUCAGACCAACAUGCACAUUAACCACCACUGGACCCUCCUCUUCAUCACUUCCAAGAUUCCCUCCUCCCCCAUGGCUAAAGGAUGACGAAGAGGGCUGUCUGAUGUCUUAUAAACCUCCGAACUCUUCAGCUGGGUUGAUUUGAUGGCUUUGUUCCUACUGUUAAGAUAUAUUUACAUACAAUUUAAAUAUAGACAUUGAUAUAUUUGAAACGAGAAGUCAAGUGUCUGUUGGAAACAACAACUGAGAUAUAUAGAUUUUGAGAUGUUUUCUAAUGUCAAAUAUUUUUGUAAAAAAAAGAAAAAUAAAGUACUAACUUAAA